AUGUCUACAAACAUCACCGAGCAGUGGAAGGCAGAAACAACCGCCUUUUUCGUCGACCUUUCCAGUCAGCCAUGGACUCCAUACUAG